ACGGCAACGGCGUCAAAGACGCGACUUGUGGUAUCAUCAUCUGUCUCGUUUUCUCAAGUACAGAAUCUCAUUCCUUACUCGGAAGCGACAUCUUGGAAUAUUUCCAUCUUCGCCAGCUACCCUUAGAACAAUUGCGUGUUGAAGAUUACUUCACCAUGUCCAGCCCCUUCGAUGUCAUUGCAAUCAUCACUCCCAAGCCCGGCAAGGCAGAUAGGGUCGAAGAGCUUCUGACAACCGCAGCCAAAGCUGUAAAGGCGAACGAGCCUGGUACGCUCCGGUAUCAUAUACAUCGUCAAACCAAGGGCGAUGCGCCAAUAUUCGUGAUGCUUGAAACAUAUGCAAACAAAGCGGCUCUGGAAACACAUGGAAAGAGCGAGGACUUCAAGAAAUUGGGAAAGACAAUGAAGACGGAGGAUCUGCUCGCGGAGCCGAUGAAAGUGCUCUUCACUAAAGAGGCAGGCGGAUAUGCUAGCAAACUAUAAACUGUGUUACAGAAAACUCUAGCAUCCUGUAGCGAAAGAGUCGAGGACGUCACGAAGAAUUUAGAACGAGAACGUUGCAUGGAAGAUCGUGGUGUCGUGUCACUUGAAAAAUGCU